AUGCAACCGUUUACGUUCAGUCUCACCUGCCGUCAACGCCAUCUCAAAUGUGACAAGACGGGGUCCUCGUGCUUGCGAUGCCAGCGAUCGGGACGACAGUGUAUCCCGGCUCCGACGAAGACGGAAGAGGUCACUUUCCGACACGGGCAAAAUCCGUCGCUACGUCCAAAGGGCCCUCCCCGUUACGGAGAAAGCGACCUCGCGUUUCCUCCCGAUCAGAUAUGGGUUGGGAUGCCUGCGCAGGUCUCCUUCGAGGACGAGACAGAUCGUACAGCGGCCGACUAUCAUGUUCUCCCCGUGAAUCCUCCACCAGCACCUCGGAAAGACGCAGUCAAGCGUCGAUCUCUAGCUUCUGUGGCAACUCCCACAUCGUCGCAUGCCCUCCAGCCUGUACUGUCCCCGAGUGACACCACUCCCACCACAGCCUUUCCGCCACAGCGCCUGGACCCAGUCAAUCUACCUUUCGCAUUUGAUGAGCUCCGCGAUCGACAGAAAGUCGCAAGUUUCAAUGAGGCGUUCCUCCUUCGGCACUUCCGAAAAACGCUCGGCCCAUGGUUGGAUGUUUGCGAUCAUGAGAGACAUUUCUCUUUGGAUGUGGUGGAACGGGCACCUACGAAUCCCCUUCUACUCUACGCAUGUUUGGCUAUAGCAGCCCGUCAUCUCUCCCAUACAAAUCAUAAUAUUCCCCCGAAUACCGCAGAUGGAUAUCAUGAGCGGUGUAUCGGGAUACUCUUGCCUGUUCUGGAAAACAAAGAGAUUGAGAUCAGUAUUGAUAUCCUUCUUGCCUCUACCGUGAUAUUGCGCUUCUUCGAGCAAAUUUCCUCUCACAGCCCAUCGAACGACCUUCAGCGUCAUCUACUAGCCGGCUCAGUCUAUAUAAGUUCUCAGGUCGGAUGUGCUACAUCAGGCGGACUCGCAGAAGCUUCAUUUUGGGUUUUCGUGAUGCAAGAUAUCCAGUUUGCCUUGGCAUAUCAGAAACCACUGCGGUUGACACUGAGUCCAUUCGGGGAGAGACUGUACCUCUUAUGGCAGCACGACUCAUCUCAGAAAGAUCGAGAUUGGGCGCAUAGAGCCAUUUGGCUUCUUGCAGAGACGAUCAAUCACUGCUAUGGGGUGCAUGCAUCGCUGGAAAUGGAAGUGCUGGGUCGAAGUACCCUAAAACGAAGGAUCCAUGCUUGGGACUCGGAAAAGCCGGAUAUUUUUCGACCACUGCAUUACUCCGCUGCAGACCCAAGAAUUGGCAGGCCUUUUCCCGUGGUCUGGUUUACAAGGUCACUCCAUGCGAUCGCAGUACAACAUAUCUGUAUGGCGAAAGCUUUGAUCCUGCAACAGGAACUCAGGACCCUUUAUUCGACGCCUAGUCCACAAGAUAUUCAGAUGACCGAGGGAAACAUGACGCGGAGUCUGAGCAUUUUGUUCGGAAUUGCACUGUCUGUUGAUGACGAGAUAUCUCUGCGCGUCAUGGCAUGCCACGCACUGUGCGCCUGCGGCUCCUGGAUUCGUGACCCUCUAGCGCAGACAUGCUUGCUGGAUCUUCUUCGGAGGACCGAAGCUGAGAAUGGCUGGCCAUGGUCAUACAUGGUCCGGAAGCUAACCCAAGAGUGGCGCUUGACCGUCAGCAAGUGGGGAAAGGUCCAGCCAGUGCCGGAGUACGCCGGCUUGCAGACGCUGGCAGUCUGGCACGCCGACCCGCAAGACAGCUGUUUCCUCGCUAAUGCAGCCUCGGCCGAAUGGAGUCGGCUCCUUUCGCACUUUAUCACAAUAACGUGUGGGACCGGGGAGGAGGCUGUUGGGAUUCUACCUCGCUUAUUCGCCGUGGCGUGCUGA